AUGGAAAAAGUUUUAAGUUAUGAUUAGAUUGUUACUAAGCUAGUAGAAUUUUGUCAUAAAAAUCAAGAUGAGGAAAUGAGUCAGAUAGAAGUGACUAAAAUGCUGAAUUAGAUGAGCAUUAAAAAUGGACACCAAGAAUUUAAUUAUGAAAUUGCAGUUGAAUUGUUUGAAAGAGUUGCUUCUUAUAACGCAUAAUUAACAAUUUAAACUUUGGCUCAUGUUAUAUAAGAAGCUAAUGACAUAAUAAUAAAUAAAUAUAAUCAUGCAAUGAAUAGAGAAAUGUACAUGGAAGAAUAAAAAGCAUAUUUAAAAUAAAUCAAACCUUAUGAUAAAUUUACUAAUCUUCAUAUAAGUUAUGUGAAAAUAUAAGAAUCCUAUGUAUAAAGACCAUAUAUAGUUGUUCUUAUAGGAGAAUUCUUACAUGAAAGUGAAAUACAAACAAAGAAAAAUGGAUGGUUUGAAUGGAAUCUAGAUGUUCAAAUUCCUGUUAAAUCUCUUGUUGCUGAUUUAAAAGUUGAAUUAUUAGAAGAUCACAAUAUUGUUGCAAGUUUACAAUUACCUUGUGAAGCUUUGCCUAUGAAUGAAAUGAAAGAAGCUGAGUUAUAAAUGUAAAAUGUUAACUGCCAUACUUUAAUUCAUUUACAAUGUAUGUUAAGAAUUGGUAACAAUUAUAAAGAAUUGGUUGAUGAAAAAAUGAAUUUCUUAGAAAAUCAAACUUAAAUUUGUUAAGAAGAAUUAUUUUUACUUUAAUUUUAAUUACAUGAAUUAAGCAAACCAUUUUUUUAAGAUGUUAAUAUAUAACCAAAAUACACUCCAUAUUCAAAUAAGUCUCAAUUAAAUACUGAAAUCUUUUAGAAUAUCCCUGAUAAAAAUAGUCUUUAACCACCAUCUCUUUAAGCAACAGCUUUCAAAAAUACUUCAACUGCUUCAGGAUUCAAAAAAAUAGUAAUUGAGCCAUAACGCAAAUUGCAUUCCUACCCUAUCAUGGCUCGAAUUGAUUUAUUGGCGACAAUAAUUGCAGUAUUGAAUUUACUUAACAAAUAGGUACUCUCAAUGAUGAUUAAUUUCAUCACUCCAGACAUUAGUGUUACUUACAUUAUGAUUAUUGUUUUUUCAAUAAUGUUGAAACAUAAAUACACACUGAUAUACAUCUUAAUUAUAGUAACCUUUGGGAUUAUCAUUGAAAUCUUUACUUUAAGCUUUUUACAUCUUAACAUAUUUGCAAUAUUGUUAAUUGUAUUGAAUAUGUUAUGCAAUUUCGGAUUACUUGUCCUUACAGGUUUGCUGUUAAAUGAUGUUGAAAAUGUGUCUAUUCUUAAAUCAAAGCUUUUACUACCUUUAUGA